AUGCAUCCGGAACGCAACAAGGAAAUAACAGAAAUUAUUUUGAAGGAAGGGUAUCCGAUUGGCUCACAGAAAAUUUCAGUGUGUGGUCUUAGUCUCCAUAGCCUUCCAAUUGGCAUAUUAAAAUUUAAGAAUUUAAUCGUAUUAAGUCUAAGUAGCAACCAACUCAACAAGCUUCCAAAAAGCAUAGCCGAGCUUAGCCACUUGAAGUGUCUUAACUUACAGUGCAACAUGCUUGAGGCUGUCCCCGAAUUCCCACCAAGCAUUAGAACUUUGAAUCUGAACAAAAACUUAAUCAAAGCGAUUCCAAAAAGCAUCUUUAAUCUUAAAAGCAUAGAAAAGCUGUAUUUAAACAACAACCUCAUUGAUUUUCUACCUGACAGCAUUGCUGAACUCUCAACUCUAAAGCUUUUAUCAAUGCAAGGCAACCAACUAAUUGAGCUGCCAGAUCUGAGUGGCCUUCCUGAUCUUAGACAUUUGGAUGUGGCAUUUAACAGAAUCAAGGAGCUGCCAAGACUGUCACCAAAGCUAGCAACUCUCACAGCACGCUUUAACAGCAUUGCAAAAAUAGACUCUAUGUGCAGCCCAAGUCUUAGUUAUCUUAAAAAGUUAGAUUUGCUGGGUAAUCAGAUAAAAACGAUACCAGCUGAAAUAGGGAACUUAAACUCUGUUGAGAUGCUUUAUUUACAGUUUAACAACAUUGUCGAGGUGCCCAGAAGCAUCUUCUCUUUAAAAAACCUUAAACAGCUACAUCUAGGUAGCAAUAAAAUUAGCAAGCUGCCUGCAAGACUAACUGGAAAAGCCAAGAAGAGCUACUUAAUCCACUUCCAAAAAAACCUCACGGUUCUUGACCUAUCAAACAAUAAAAUAACACAAAUUCCAAAGUACAUUACUGAGCUGGUAAACCUGAAAGUUCUGAAUCUACGAUCAAACAAAAUAGCACUGCUCCGUGGAUCAUUCAAAAAAAUGAAGGGCUUGAAGGUGCUAAAGCUAUCACUAAACCAGCAGUUGGGGCAUUUUCCGUCUCAAAUUCUUAAUUUGAAAUCACUGAAGAUACUAUUGGCAAGUUUCUGUAAGAUUGAAUCAAUACCCAGAGAAAUUUCAGAGCUAACUAAUCUUGAGGUGCUAAUUCUCAACGGAAACAAAAUACCUGCACUGCCCAAGUCAAUCAAACAUCUGGCAAAGCUUAGAAUUCUCGGUUUGGGCCGUUUUGGUCCCGAAAAUAUAAGUGAUUGUGAGGAAUAUUCAAGAAACGAAAGCAAGAAAAUAUCCGAUGACCGCAAUAGAAUUAAAAGAUUGCCGGAUACUAUAACAGAGCUGCAAAACUUAGAGAUUCUCAACUUAGAUGGUGUCGAAAUCGAGAUACUUCCUGAAAACAUUGGAAGGUUGCAAAAAAUGAAAAAGCUUAUUCUAAAUUGCGGAAACUUCAAGCAGCUUCCCGAAAGCAUCUGCCAGAUUGCAAGUCUUAGGAUACUUUCUUGUAAAAGUUGCAGAAACCUGUCAAGCUUGCCAAGCGGUCUUUCAAUAUUAAAAAAUUUGAAGGUACUGGUGUUAAACAAGUGCUACUCGCUGCUUGGACUAGGCAGAAAUGUCGGCGACAUCAAGUCAUUGAGGGUGCUAAGAGUCAGGAACAUAAGAUUGACUGAACUGCCAAGCAGUUUUGAAAAUCUUACGAAUUUAAGGGUCCUAGAUCUUGCAAGCAAUGAAUUAUCUGUGCUUCCUGAUUCACUAGGAAACGUAGUCUAUUCAAGAGAUAUAAAAAACAACAACGUAAUUGAGUGCAAAAGCGGCUUGGUAAGCUUGAGAACAUUGAAUCUAUAUCACAAUCCCAUAGUCUCCAUUGCAGAUAAUGUAGGAAACCUAGAGUCCUUAGAAGCUUUAAAUCUAAUUGGCUGGGGUAACCUGACAAGCUUGCCUGAUACAUUUGUGAAUUUAGCAAAUCUAAAAAAGUUGGACAUCUGUGAUGCAAACAUUCAGCAGUUACCUGAGGAUUUUGGUAAGCUGCAAUCACUUGAGCAGCUGCAAAUAAAAUCAGUGAAGCUGGAAAAGUUUCCGGAGAGCUGUAAAAACAUGGCCAAUCUGAAAAGACUCGAGGUGAGGAAUACAAAAGUUGCGACGCUGUUUGGAUUUGAGAAUCUUGUAAAUUUGGAGUUUCUGAGGCUGAGUGGAAAUAAAAAUCUAGAAACACUACCUGAGAAUUUUGACAACUUGAUAAAUCUAAAGCAGCUUGUGAUUCAAAAUUCAAAAAUAACUGCUCUGCCUGAGAAUAUUGGCAAUCUCAAAUCUUUGGCUAUUUUGUGGAUGCAAAAUAACAAAAUAAACAGGCUUCCGGGAAGCUUUGGAGAGCUGGAAAGCCUAAUGGAGCUUGUGGCGGACUGCAAUAAAAUACCAUUAUUGCCUGACAGCUUUGGAAAAUUGAAAAAUCUUUCGGUCCUUAGGUUAAACAGUAACCAGAUCACCUCUCUACCUGACAACUUUGGAAAGCUGACAAAUCUAUCAGAGUGCAUGAUUAAUUUUAAUAUGUUAACGAGGUUACCGGAAAGCUUUGGUAACCUAAAAUCUUUGAGGGUUCUAUGGCUGAAGGCCAACAGGCUUGAAAGCCUACCGGACAAUUUUAUCGACUUGGCAUCCCUAGAGCAUCUAUUUCUUGAUUUUAACAGGCUGAAGAAAAUCCCAGAAAAGAUUGGACUACUGAAAAACCUAACCAAGUUUAGUCUAGCACAGAACAGUUUGAAAAUAAUCCCGGACAGUGUAACCAAAUUGUAUGAACUCGAAGAACUCAAUAUGGCAAACAAUGCAAUUAAAAGGCUACCGUAUUGCAUGGGUAAUCUGCGUAAACUUAUGGAACUGAAUCUGAACUCUAAUAAGCUUGACAAUCUUCCUGACAGCAUGAAAAAUUUGGAAAGACUAUCAAUAUUAAAAAUCCACACGAAUCAGUUCAGAAGAUUGUCCGAUUGCGUCUAUGAAAUGACAAAUCUAAAGGAGAUUGGAGCUUCAUUUAACAGCAUUUCAGCCAUUUACAGGGAUAUUUCUAAGCUUAAGAAACUCAGAAGACUGAAUCUAUACAAGAAUAACAUUAAGAAACUGCCAUGCACCAUUGCUGAGCUGAACGACACACUUGUGCUACUUGAUCUUAGGCGUAACCAAAUUGAAGACUUUGGAUCUGAGGUUACUUUUGGGAAGUUUGAGAUUCAGGCAAUAUUUGGAGACCGGGCUGUGUUUGAUACACGCAGUCUUCAUAUUGUGCCUUUGAGCAAGAGAGAAGUAUAUAGUCGUCUUGACGAUGAGCCUAUUAGAUGGAAUAGAAGCAAGCUUGCAGCUUUAAAGACGGACGACAUUCCAAAACACACGCUGGGUGGUGAGCAGAUCCUAAAGCUGUGGGAUGAUUUGAUUGCACCAGUGGUCAUUGAUUAUGAUCACAAGAGGACAUUUAGGAACUAUAUUGUGCAUCUAUAUUAUACAAAUACAAACUAUGAUAAGUGGAGAAUGAAUCAAGAGUAUAUUCCACUUGCACAAGAUCUGAUUGAGGGGAUAUUAAAAAUAUUAACCAAAAGCGAAAAUAUCACGGAUUUUGAUAAAAUACGAUCACAUGUGUCGAAUAUUUGCGAGGGAAUAAACUACUGUCCAGACAGGCAAAUGGCAGAACUCCGAUUCAGCUAUUUUACGCUGUAUCAGAGAACCGAUCCGUUGGAAUCGUUGCAGACCUUUGUUGAAAACUACAUUGCUACGUACAAAGAAAAGGUUUUUGACCAGACUGUAACUCCGAUGAAUGCCACGCAAAAUGUGCAUGUGUUGAACCAUUGGAAGUACGAAAUGAGACUUGAGCUUGGAUUUAACUUUAACUUUAAAACAGUAAUUGGAACGAUGGGCCAGGAUCCGUUCAUGGGAUAUCCAGGAAAUGUGCUGGAUGCAUUUUAUAGGAUAUUUACACCCAAAAAGGUUAUCAUACUCCUAACGAGGGCAAUUAAUGAAAAUAAAGAAAAGCUGUGUGAAGCUCUCAAGUUAGUAUGCGAGCUUCCAAUUGAUAACAGAUUAAAAAGCCAGAUGUUCAUAGGCGAAAAUAGUGACAUCUUCUUUGCGAAUGCAAUAACACAAUACUUCACACAAGAAUACUUGCUCAGCUUGAAUAUACUUGAAAAAGGAAGCAGAAGCUGCAUCAAAACGAUGUGCACAUGUUGUUGUAUUUAA